AAAACAGAUCAGAUAAAGAGACCCAAUAUUAUAUUGAUGCUCACAGAUGACCAAGAUGUUGAAUUGGGCUCUUUGAAUUUCAUGCCGAAAUUGAAAAAAAUUUUUGAGAAGGGAGGCGCAAAACUGAGUAACGCUUUUGUGACUUCUCCUGUAUGUUGCCCAUCUCGGAGUUCUAUCCUUACAGGAAUUUACGCUCAUAAUCACAAUGUACACUCCAAUAGGAUAAAUUGUUCAUCACUUGAAUGGCAAAUGACUCACGAACCUAGAACUUUCGCUAACUAUUUACAAAAGGAGGCUGGUUAUAUAACAGGCUACUUCGGUAAAUAUUUAAACCAAUACAACGGAUCCUACAUACCUCCAGGGUGGGAUGAAUGGUUGGGCCUUUUUAGGAACACGAGAUACUACAAUUACACGAUAAAUCAUAAUGGGAUUAAAAUCAAACAUGGCGACAUUUACGAAGAAGACUACUUUAGUGAUUUGAUAAUCAAUGAGAGCUUAAAAUUUUUGAAUAGUUCUAAAUAUGCCCACCCAGAAAGUCCAAUACUUAUGGUUCUGAGUAUGCCGGCCCCCCACGGAAAUGAAGAUAGUGCGCCUCAAUACAGUCAUAUGUUCAAAAACGUAACUAGCCACAGGACUCCCUCCUGGAAUGCUCCUGCCAUGGAUAAAGAAUGGAGUUUACAAAGAACGAGAAAAAUGAAACCUAUUGAGAUCGCUUUCACGGAUAUGCUUCAUCAGAAAAGACUUCAAACUUUGCAAUCUGUAGACGAGGCCAUAGAGAGACUGUAUAAUGAAUUGGAUAGCAUAGGCGAACUCAAUAAUACUUAUUGGAUAUAUUCAUCCGAUCAUGGUUAUCAUAUAGGCCAAUAUGGUUUGGUAAAAGGAAAAUUUCUACCAUAUGAAUUUGAUGUCAGGGUUCCAUUGUUUAUUAUAGGACCCGAUGUUACACCGAAUAGCGAAAUAAAAGAGAUCGCCCUAAACCUCGAUAUAGCGCCGACAAUUUUAGAUAUGGCGAGAAUAAACAUAAAACAGCAUAUGGACGGGAAAAGUUUAUUAUCUUUAUUGAAGAAUGAACAUCAGAUAAAUGUCGAAAAGAACUCUGUUUGGAGAGAUACCUUUUUGUUAGAGAUGAAUGGAAUAAAUAAAAAGCUGCUUUUAUGCAUUCAAAAUUUGAGUUUCAGCAUACAGAAUCAUCAAAAAGGUGAUCUAGGGAUAAUAGAAAGGGAAUGGAUCGAAAAAGAAUGCCUCAAGACAAAUUCUUCGCUUUGCAAUAAAGAUCAAGAAUGGUAUUGCGAGAAAGACACUAACACCAAUAAAUGGGGUAAAGUCAAUUGUCGUUAUUAUGGAGUUAUGACUCAAGGUCAAUGUAUGUGUAUUUCUAAACACAGUCAUGGAAUAGAAGAUCAUAACGUUCAAAACGUAAAUUGCAAUUGCCCUCAAUAUGUAUUAGGACACGAGAAUAGGACACCCGGAAGCGAUAGAAAUGGGUCGAGGAAUGAUCACCCAUUUAUAUUUCAUAGGUUUGAUACUCAAGUUAAAAAAAAAUCCGCAGAAAAAGUCUCAGAGUUGGACUUACGUUGCCGAAUUGUUAACAGUUCAGUUAAAAUAAAAAGGCAACGGAAGAAUAGGAAUAACGUGACUAAUAUUUUGAUGACCAACCAAACAGUAAGCCAUUGGUGGAACUACAACGAGACUACAUUAAAUAUUACCAAGCGAUCAAAGACUCUUAAAUGUUCAAACAGUUCAAAUAAAUGCAAAGGAAAAAGUAGACAAAAAAGGCUAAGAGAAAAAGAGCGACAAAAAAGGCUUAGAGAAAAAGAGCGACAAAAAAGGCUUAGAGGAAAAGAGAGACAAAAAAGGUGUAGGGAAAGAGCGCGAAAAAAAAGGUGUAGAGAAAGAGCGCGAAAAAAAAUGCUUAGAGAAAAAAAACAGAUAGAAGGAAAAAAUCAAUGCUCCAAUGAUACAAUGAUGAAUUGCUUUCAACAUGAUAAUGAUCACUGGAAAACGGCACCAUUUUGGACAUUGGGACCAUGUUCCUUCUGUCAAAACGCAUAUAUUGGCUACUCGUGCCUACGAACCAUCAAUAAAGAUUCAAAUUUUUUGUACUGUGAAUUCGCAACGGGAUUUAUAAGUUAUUAUGACGUAGACAAUGAUCCUCAUCAACUCAAAAAUGUAGCAGCAGAAUUAUCGCUAUCAAAUCUUCUAAAUCUUAGGGCUAUGUUAUCGCAACUCAAAUCUUGCCAAGGACAGAAUUGCAAUGUCAAUUUUAACCAAAAGGCUUCAUCAGGCCCAAUAGAUGGUUGAUGGGAAAAACUAUUCUACGAGUACUCCUUAAAACGAGAGACAUUUAUCAGGGAAACAACGGAAAUAAGAUAUAUAAUUUUUUAUCAGCG